CUUACCACAGAUCACUCGAGUUUGACAAAAAGGAUAUCUAAAGGACGUUUUCUAUAGGGUAAGUAGUAAAUUUAUGUUUUAAAAAUAGAACACUUACAAAAGGCAAAAUAAUUCUACGAAAAUUAAUGGCAAUUUAAAUCUUCAAAUAAUCUCUUGGUACUGAAAUUGCAGUCUUAAUCUUCGUAAAGCGGAAUGCAAUUAUAUUAUAAAACAAUGUCUUCUAACCUGAUAACCUAAUACUGAUAAAUUCUGCGUAGACGAGAAAAACAAGAUAAAACUUUUCAGAUACAGUAAGAUGACUAGUUUCCUGGCAAUCGUAGUUCAACGUUUAACAUAAGAAAUAACCACAGUGAAACAAUUUUUCCUAAUUUCCUUCUGUGGACAUUCUCUUUCAUGGCAAGAUCUUGCGCGCUUUUAACCACCAAAAUAACAUAGUUUUAAAAGUUGAAAUUGAGGAGAACAGAAGCUACUUAACUUGUAUUUUUCGAAAAGAGAGACUAUGCUUUUAAACAAACCAAGAGUUUGACUAGAUAGAUCGAUGGGAAGCAUUACCUUUGGAUUCUUUUUUUUUUUCAGGAAAUAUAAUGGAAAAACUACUGGCUGUUUUAUUCACUCUGGCUUUUGCAAUCAGUGCCUCUUCACUGCACGGUAAAUUAAAAGAUUGUAGAACGUCUUUAGGCAGAGAUGAGGGACCAAAACGAGGCCCUAGAAAUGACAGCGCUGAAAUUAUUUCCAUCAUUUCUCUGUUGUUGAAAAAGCCAAAAUUAGAAGCGGACGAAAGUUAGAAAUAUAUCCAACGAAUUAUCUACCAUCCCAUUCCAUAUUCAAUAAGUCAAAAAACAACAGCAGCUAGCAACAACAAAAACAAAGCAACAAAUAUUUAUAACAUUUCCUUAACUCAAUGUGUAAGUGCAACCUCUCGGUCAUAGUAUAUUUGCUCUCAUCUAAUCUUACAGAUGCCAGGCCGCGCAUGCGCGCAAGAUGGAGCGACUCCAGUGUUCUCAGGCCUGUAACUCGGGCUUGUCGGCUUUUUACCUACAAGAAAAAAAUUUCCGUGUACCCCAUAUGAUAAUGAGUUUUUAUUGACCAGCCUGUUCCGUAAUGAAGUGGUAAAUAACGGAUAUAUAUAUAUACUCCAUAGGUGCUAUAGUUCCUGAUAAACAACUAUAAGUCUGAAGAAAUAAAUCGCGCAGACUGAAUUUCGGGAGUGAAUAAAAACCCAAACAAAGCCAUUAUGCAGGAAUGCUUAAAACGAGUCACAAUUGACAUAACACUUAAUCCACUUAAGCAAUGCAUGCCAGCAAGAGAAGAAUAACGACGGUUGUCAUUGUCCCCUUCUAUGCAAAUCAGUAAUAACAUGCGUUUACAUAGGAAGCCGUCACUAUUAGUACUAAAACAAAUAAACUACUAAUUUCUUGACCCUUUUAUUAUUUUUUAAUUUUUUUUUUACAGUGAAACGCGACGCCUUUCCCUGCGGAACAAGCUGCAACCCCGUAUGUUCCCCAGCAUGUACGGCCACUUGUUGUGGCAGUCCGCCGCCGGCCCCGCCAAAUCCGCCAAUCCCCGCCGUUUCGCCUAUGCCAAAACCUGCCCCAUCUCCCAUCUACGGACUCCCUGGUCAUCCUGGAAACCAAGGACCACCAGGAGUAAUGGGACCAAUAGGAUGCCAAGGGGCUCCGGGUCUUCCAGGACCCCCAGGACCACCCGGACCACCAGGACCCUGUAUAAAAAGUUAA